UACGUAAAAGUUCAACCAACACAAUGAGUGAAUUUUUUAAAUUGUUCCUUUUCGGAGUUCUUGUUCAAAUUACUUUUGGGAGGGGAUUGCAGUACACGAAUGACCUAGAGCGAAGACUCGUGACUCUGGAAGCCCGGCAAUUUGCUGAUAACGAUGCCUUAGAAGAGAGAAUUCAGAGAUUGGAAAUCCACUUGCCCAUCCAACGGAGAAUCUCGGAAUCUAACCCUGUGGAUUCAUCUCCUUCUCUGGAGCAAGAGCAUGUUGAUAACGAAAAAAUUAUUGGUGAUAAAUUCGACAAAUUGGAGGAUGGAUUAAAAAAAGAGUUGGCUGAGCAACUGGGUAAACUUACUUUAAAAUUCGACGAAAUAAUUGGAAAGUUAGCACCGAUAGAAAAGGAAAGUUCCAGCAGCAAGCGAUCCGAAAAAUUUCAGAAGAUUGGUGAAAAAUAUUAUUAUAUUGAAAAUGACGUUCAGAAGGACUGGUUCGAUGCCAAGGAUGUUUGUUCGGAGAUGGAAGGACAUCUUGUGACUCUUCAAAAUGAAAAGGAGUGGAAGGCACUUGCAGAGCAUCUGAGCAGCGACAAAAACUAUUGGGUGGACAUUAACGACAAAGAUGAUGAAAAUGAAUUUAUAUCUGACUUUACCGAAAAGAAAGCAAGUUUCUUAAAGUGGCGUGAGGGCGAACCUAAUAAUGGAGGUGAUGAUGAUGAUAUUAAUUUUGAAGAUUGUGUGGAAUUGCGAGGAGAUUCCAAAUUCUAUAUGAAUGACGCUCUGUGCUCAAAUCGGGCUAAUUUUAUUUGCGAAAAGUCUGAUUUGUAAUUUAAUUAGAAGAUAUUCCACCGAAUAUAAAGUUUAAAUGAUUAAAUUAA